AUCAGUGGUCUCGCCAAUCCUUUUUGCAAAGAGACCCACCAGUGGUGCCGCUACAAUCCAUCCAUCAUCCAUCCGUCGCCAAACGCUAAUUCCACGCCUAUCCGUCCGCCGCGGCAUCGUUGCUAUUGCUGAGACCGUGCUAUUACUAUACUAAAGUACAGCCUAAACUGUGCAACGAAAUGCCAGGCAGAGUGCGGGUGAAAUUGCUCGCAGCCAGGAACCUUCCCAUUAUGGAUCGUGCAAGCGAGGCUUGCGACGCCUUUGGAGAGGUAAAGAACAGUCAAAGUGACAAGAAGGUGAAGCUGGGAAGCACGUGUCACAAAACUGAGAUCUGCAGGAAAUCCCUGAACCCACAGUGGAACUCUGACUGGUUUCGCUUUGAGGUGGAGGAUGAGGAGGAUGAACCCUUGCAAAUCAGGAUCAUGGACUAUGACACAUACAGCGCUAAUGAUGCCAUCGGCAAGGUGUAUAUCGGCCUCAGCCCAAUGCUCAGCCGGGACGUGAUGUUCUCCGGAUGGCUUCCAAUUUAUGACACCAUGCACGGUAUCCGAGGUGAGGUAAACGUGGCAGUGGAGCUGUCGACCGACCGUUCGUGUGGCGUACGUUUCUUCUACAGCAGCAGCAUUCCUGAGGGUUACACAGCCACCAGCAUUUUGGGAUUUGUAGAGGAACUGGUGGUAAAUGAUGACCCAGAGUACAAGUGGAUUGACAAGAUCCGUACCCCGAGAGCAUCCAAUGAGGCCAGGCAAACGCUCUUCUCAAAGCUUUCAGGAAAAGUACAGAGGCACAUAGCUCACAAAACCCAGGAAUUGGGUGGCAACGCUGUCCUAGGAUACAUGCAGUGUUUUGACCUGGAAGGAGAGUCAGGAGUGGUGGUACGCGGCAUCGGAACGGCUGCCAUACUUGUGCCGGCUGACCAGGAUGCUCGGAAGUGUUUGGAGGAACAGCCUAGCAAUUCGCCACCCCAGCAAAGCGACUUAUCAAGAGGUGUUGUUGCAGGAUCCAAGACAGCGAGCAGAAUUGACAUACUGGAGUAUCCCUUUCUCACCAUCAGGGAAUUGCCAGCUGGAUUUAUCUACAAGAUUGUAGGCAUGGUCUCAGCCCGGUCAGUGAAACUCCUUGACCAAGUUAGCAAUCCAGAUGAACCAGAAACGAGGGAUGCCUGGUGGACGGAGGUGCGCAAAGAAAUUCGAUCUCAUGCACGAUCUCUGUCCUGUAACGUUGUUUUGGGCUACACGGAGGUUACAAAUAUUUGUGAGGACGUAAUGGUCUUAUCUGCCAGUGGAACUGCGGUGCUCCUUGGUGAUGGCGCCACGACGUCUUGCGACAUCCUCUUUGCCACCAUUGAGCCACCAUCUGAUGUACCCAUCCUGGGAAAGGGAACCCUAAUUCAAGCACGAGUAUGCAGACAAAAAAAGGAUUUGAAAGGUGAACAUAAUGCCCGGGAAAUCUGUGAUGGCCUUCCAUUCCUGGAGUUGAAUCUGCACCGUCAGAUGCGCUCUAAACUAAAGAUGAAAAACAUGAACGCCAUCUUUGGCUUGAAAGUUCAAGUGGCUGUCGGGGAAAGAAUCAUGACAGCAAUUGCCACUGGAACUGGUGUUUUCCUAUCCUCCCCAUGGUGGGAAUCUGACGCUGCAUUACGAGGAGACGAGUAUGAGGAUGAAGAAGAUGGAGGGAUGCUCCAGCUACCUGAGGGUCUUGCCCUAUGCAGCACUCAGUUGGCCCCUGGGGUUGGGGAAUUGCUUUGCAACCUCCAGUUGUUUCUGCAGACAUACCGUGCAAAACUACUUGUUGGUUCUCAUCCAACUCGGAUUCUUGCUCGACACUUUGAUCACAUCCUCCAGAGCCUGUUUGUGAAAUUGCGUCAUCUGGUCCCCUGUUGCCUCCUGAACCUCUCAUUCCAUGUUGAGCUGCCAGACCAAGAUGACUUGCAGGUGUUUCUCUUCCAGGUGACAGUUGUGGGCACUGCUGUCUCAGCCAGGGACUGGAGGCCAACAGAGCAAGAUCUGAUAUUUGACAUGGAUGAAGAGCCUACUUGUCAACGGACACAGAAGUUGCACGGAAUUGACUUGACGUCACUGAGCACUGUUCCUGGGGCCAGAAUAGAAAAGUAUCUGGGCAAUGUGGACUUUUUCUUGAUCCGCGAAGAAACACGCGAGGAAGGUGGCCUCAGUGGGGUCGUUCACAGUUUAAUGACAGAAGUGCUGGCCAUUGCCCGAGCCCAUGUUGCUUCCCUGGGGGGAAAUGCCAUUGUUGCCUUCCGUGUUACUCAUUGGAUUCUUCACCACAGUCUACAUAAAAAUCAGGGUCAAUGCCUGGUGAGUGUGGCUGGCGAUGCUGUUAGACUUUGCUACUCCUCAUGAAUAUAUGGGAUUUAUGUUAGAUUGUCAGUGUCAAUUUAUGAACCUCGAGGGCUUUACUAAGACAAAUAAAGUGCAUCUCUUAAGUGAU